AUGUUACGUACAUCAACUACUACUCGUCAAUUGGUUGGUGCCACUGCCAAUAUGCUUGUGGCAAGAAGAUCAAUGGCCAAGGCUGCUUCAGACUUGGUUUCUAUUGAAUUGCCAGAAAGCUCAUUUGAAGGAUACAAUUUGGAAGUUCCAAGCUUGUCAUUUGAAACUGAAAAGGAAAACUUGUUGAAAAUGUACAAGGAUAUGAUUGUUAUCAGAAGAAUGGAAAUGGCAGCAGAUGCGUUAUAUAAAGCCAAGAAGAUUAGAGGUUUCUGUCAUUUAUCUGUUGGUCAAGAAGCCAUUGCUGUUGGUAUUGAAAAUGCCAUCACUCCAACCGAUACCGUCAUUACCUCCUAUAGAUGUCAUGGUUUUGCUCACAUGAGAGGUGCUUCUGUCAAAUCUAUUUUGGCCGAAUUGAUGGGUAGAAGAUCUGGUAUUGCCCACGGUAAGGGUGGUUCCAUGCAUAUGUUUACCAACGGUUUCUAUGGUGGUAAUGGUAUUGUCGGUGCUCAAGUUCCAUUGGGUGCUGGUUUAGCUUUCUCACACAAGUACAGAGGUGACAAGGAUGUCUGUUUUGACUUGUAUGGUGAUGGUGCUUCUAACCAAGGUCAAGUUUUCGAAUCCUUCAACAUGGCCAAGUUGUGGAACUUGCCAGUUAUCUUCUGUUGUGAAAACAACAAAUAUGGUAUGGGUACUGCUGCUGCCAGAUCAUCUGCCAUGACCGAAUACUACAAGAGAGGUCAAUACAUUCCAGGUUUGAAGAUUAAUGGUAUGGAUGUCUUGGCUUGUUACCAAGCUUCUAAAUUUGCCAAGGAUUGGGCAUCUCAAGGUAACGGUCCACUUGUUUUGGAAUACGAAACUUAUAGAUACGGUGGUCACUCCAUGUCUGAUCCAGGUACUACUUACAGAACUAGAGAAGAAGUCCAACACAUGAGAUCCAGAAACGAUCCAAUUGCUGGAUUGAAGGCUGUUUUGUUGGAAAAGGAUAUUGCCACUGAAGAUGAAAUUAAAUCAUAUGAUAAAGCUGCUAGAAAAUACGUUGAUGAACAAGUUGCUGCCGCUGAAGCCGAUGCUCCACCAGAAGCCAAGAUGGAUAUCUUGUUUGAAGAUGUUUAUGUUCCAGGUAGUGAAAUCCCAGUUUUGAGAGGAAGAAUCUCCGAUGAUUCAUGGGAUUUCAAAAAGAAAACCUUUUUAAAUAAAGUUUAUUAG